AUGGCUGAAGGUUCGCUCCCGGCAGGCGAAACUGGAGCCGCGCCCAACCAGCGCAAGCGCAAGGCUCCGGCCCCCGCCGCAGCCGCUGAGGACGAGGCGGAGGAGCUGGAGAGUGAGGUAGCCGAUCUGGACCGCCGUACCCUCGAGCAUCUCCGCGGCACCGUCACGCGCCUCCCCGACGCUGCCGUCUCCCGCCUGGUCGCGCUCCGCCCGCCCACUCGCCCGGGAUUAUUAAUCGUGGAGACGCAAGGCCACCCAGUUUUGCGUGGUUACAUUUCGGGGUCAGGGUGA